CGCACUAUCAGUCCCACCUCUCUCUCUCUCCCUACAUCUCUCUCUCUCUCUAAACCCAAAACCUUUCCCCCGCUCCAUACGGUUCGCGGCUCGCCGGCGAAGACCGGACGAUCGCCGGAGAUGUCGGUAACGCAUUCGGUCUGCGGCGAACUGUAACGUCUCCUCGCCUUGCAAUGCCGUUAUGCGUCGUCGCCGUUACGACAGAGAGCGAACCUUCGGUAAUUUUUUCUCCCGUUUGAGUCGACGUCCUCGUGCUUCGGAUCUCGGAGACAACGCAGUUGCGCCAUUGAUGAUGUCGUUCGUUGGUGACAACUGUGACUUAUAUGCAGCCUUCUAUUUGUUUGCCGUCGAUCAAGUUUCAUCUUGCGGAGUCUGAGGUAAUCUUGAGGACUCAAUCGAGCGACUGAGAGGGAAAUCCUUUGAACUAGCUCAGGCUGAUUGCAGAAUAAUGGAAAAGAGCGAGACCGUGUCUGAUUUGGCGCCACAAAAGCCAGCGAGACAGUUGGAUUUCCCGGAAAUUUGUAGAUCGUCGGCAGCGAAUGUGGCUUUGACAGAGCAUCAAGAGCCCCCAACGAGGCCACAGCCGCCCCCGCAGUUCAGUACGCAGCUCGAGCUUCGGUUGCCAUCUGAAUCAGAAUCGCAGCAACAAUCGCACUUGCAGAAGGCAGUUCAGUGGCAGCCACGGCCAAUUGAGUCACGUUCUUUCCGCCCAGUGCAACUUCAGUCGCCAUUGCAGCCACCGCAGGUUAAGUAUCAGUUGAAGCUCUGUCUGCCGCAGGGGAAACUGCCACAAGUACAGGCUCAGUCUCCACCGCCACGGAUAAUGAUCUUGAAUUCGACUUUGCAGUCACAUCCCCAGCCACAGCCACAGCCACAGCUGCGGCUGAUUCCGUCGACACAGCAGAUACCGCAUCCUCUGCAUAAGGUUCCAGUUCCGGCAGUGCAAGUUGGCGAGCCAGAAUCUCCCAUUUCCCGACCACAUAUUGCUAAUGAAGCAAAAUAUUGUACUCCUACGAAGCCAAAGAGUUGUAAUUGCAAGAGUUCUCGAUGUCUGAAACUGUACUGUGAAUGUUUUUCAGCUGGAGUUUAUUGUGAUGGUUGCAACUGCACGAACUGUCAGAAUAAUAAAGAAAAUGAGUCCACAAGGAAAUUUGCUGUUAGAGCAAUCUUAGAAAGAAAUCCAGAAGCGUUUAGACCAAAGAUUGCUACCAGUCCUCAUGGAUUACAAGACAAUGGGGAUGCGGGGGGAAUUCAAAUCGUGGGAAAGCACAACAAAGGAUGUCAGUGCAAGAAAUCUGGGUGCCUCAAGAAAUACUGUGAAUGUUUCCAGGCUGGUGUUUUGUGCUCUGAAAAUUGUAAAUGCAAGGAUUGCAAGAACUUUGAAGGAAGUGAAGAAAGAAUGACUCUUUUCCAUGGUACCCAUGAUGCUAUGGCCUACAUCCAACAAGCAGCCAAUGCUGCAAUCAACGGAGCAGUUGGUUCCUCAGGGUAUGGGGUCCCUCCAGCUAUGAAGAAGAUAAAACUUGAAAAUUUUUCCAGUAUGGUCCAUAAUGGUAGAUCCAGCCGAGCAAGUGCCCGGUGUCAGCAGGGAAGAAAGUCUGGAGCUUAUGUUGGCGGCAUGGCUUCUUCCCUAUCCACAUCUACAGCUUACACAGCUAAUGCAGCAAUGCCAGGACAUUCCAAAUUCACAUACAGAUCUCUGCUGGCAAACAUGCUCCAACCAGAGGACAUGAAGAAAUUCUGCUCAUUCCUGGUUGCGAUCUCUUCAGAAGCUAGGACUACAUUUGCAGUUUUGUCAUCUGAAUAUGCCUCGCCACUCUAUCUAGAGAAGGAAACGCAGACAGAUCAGCAGAAAGAACAGGAAGACAUUGAAAACUCACUCUCUCUGUUUGCUAAAGCAACAGAGCGUAGUCAAAAGGAUUGUGAUGUUCAGAAAGGCACGAAUGAUGACAACUUGAGUAGGAGUCUAGCAGAAAGAGAAGGAACAGUUGAUUGUGCGUCCAGUGGAGAGGCUUUGCAAAAUGAUCGGCCAGUUUCUCCAGGAACACUUGCGUUGAUGUGUGAGGAAAAAGAUGCUAUGCACAUGGAAGAUAGAAUUGAAAAUGAAGUUGAUGACCAUACUUGUCCCACGAGGAGUAAAUUUAAUAAUGGAGACCGUACAGGGGUCUAUGUGGAGCAGGAAAAGGUUGUCCUAACAACAUUCUUGCACUUCCUUGACAAUCUCAUCACUCAUGGAAGUAAAGCAGACACAUUGUUCAGUCCAGCGCUUCAAACUGGGACAAGAAAAUGGCCAGAACUACAAAAUGACCACACAAAAGCUGGAAGUGAGCCAAAGAAUCACCGUAACUGCAAUGGAAUGGUAAAGUUUCCUCUUACAGAAACUACGGUGGAAUCUCAGAUAGACAGUGGAGUCUCCUGUUCUAAAGAAAAUUCAACUUUAACUAUGGGAUUGGCUACUGAAAAUGCUCGGCUAACGUCCAAGAUUGAAAAUAAGUUGUGAUUUGAAGAAAACAGCCAAUGAAGCACAUUUUGACUUUUCAUUAUGCAGCUGCAAUAUUUUAUUAGGUCCAAAAAAUAUCCUGUCAGAACUAACUGUAGCUUUGCUCAUUUUUUCAUUCAAUUUAACGAUUGGAAAAUGGUUUUUCUAGUUUUCUCUCCUCCCCAUGAUUAACAUUAUAUAUAUGUGGCUGAUUAUUUUUCUGAA